GACAAUGCUAGCAAAACUUCAGAAUGGACCCAUCUAGAGGAAAUCCCGUUAGUUUGUUGAGGAGAAACGGGGACCGUCCAUGACUUGUCUACAGAGGUCAACACGCUGACAAAGUUAUUGACAGCAAUGUCGAGAGAAAACACCACUCGGAGUCUGGACAGCAUAGACCUCGCUGCCUUAAGAGAUCCAGCAGGUAUCUUUGAGUUGGUGGAGGUGGUGGGAAAUGGCACGUACGGGCAGGUGUACAAGGGGCGGCAUGUCAAGACAGGUCAACUGGCAGCAAUCAAAGUCAUGGAAGUCACAGAGGAGGAAGAGGAGGAGAUAAAGCUGGAGAUCAACAUGUUGAAGAGUUAUUCCCACCAUAGAAACAUUGCUACUUACUAUGGAGCUUUUAUUAAGAAAGGUCCUGCUGGACAGGACCACCAACUCUGGUUGGUGAUGGAGUACUGUGGCGCUGGCUCAGUUACAGACUUGGUAAAGAAGACCAAAGGAAACUACUUGAAAGAAGACUGGAUCGCUUACAUCUGCCGUGAGGUGCUCAGGGGUCUUUCCCAUCUUCACUCCCAUCAUGUGAUUCACAGAGACAUUAAGGGACAGAAUGUUUUGCUCACAGAGAAUGCUGAAGUCAAGCUGGUUGACUUUGGAGUGUCAGCUCAGCUGGACAGGACCAUCGGUAGGAGGAACACCUUCAUCGGGACUCCCUAUUGGAUGGCUCCAGAGGUCAUCGCUUGUGACGAGAACCCUGAGGCCACAUAUGACUCUAGGAGUGACCUCUGGUCCCUAGGCAUCACUGCUUUAGAGAUGGCUGAAGGAGCCCCACCACUGUGUGACAUGCAUCCCAUGAGAGCUCUGUUUUUAAUUCCACGAAACCCUCCUCCUAAACUUAAAUCAAAGAAAUGGUCGAAGCGGUUCUUGUCAUUCAUUGAUAGUUGUCUGGUCAAGAACCACCUGCACCGACCCACCACUGACGCCCUGCUGAGACACGCAUUCAUCAGAGACCUGGCUAAUGAAAGGCAGGUUCGCAUCAUGCUCCGAGAUCACCUGGACAGAACCAGAAAGAAGAAGGAGAAAGAGGGUCCAGAGUAUGAGUACAGUGGUAGUGAAGAAGAGGAAGACGAGGUGCCGGAGGAGGAAGGAGAGCCCAGUUCCAUAGUGAAUGUUCCUGGUGAAUGGACGUUGAGGCGGGAGUUUCUCCGCUUACAGACAGAAGAUCGUGAUAAAAGCAGAGACGGAGGCUAUGGAGAUGGUGGAGGUCAACAAAGGCCACAGGCAUUGCAGCAGCACAGGCAACAGCUGGCAGAGCAGGAACGAUACAAGCAGCAGUUGGUAGCUGACAGACAGAAGAGGAUCCAACAGCAACACGAGCAGCGGCAGAAGUUAGAGGAUCAACAGAGGCGACAACUGACAGACUGCGCUUUGAAGUGGGGGGAGCUUCAGGAGGUAUUGCUUGGAGAGGAGUCUGAUCUCCACGACAACAGAAUACGAUUGGAUGAGAGAAACAGAAGGGCUGACAGAACACAGCAGGACGGGGCAGGCAGACAGCGGAGCGCCGACGUGUCAGUAAGGCCUCUGGACUCCACGGCAGAGCAGAGAGCCCUGGCUUCAAACCAACUGCUUCAGCAUAGAGCCCAGCACUCUCAGGCUCAGCUACAGCCACAAGCUAAGCCUCAGCCUCUGGCCCAGCAUCAGCAGCCCGCAGCAGGCAGGAGAUCCCACCGCACCCUGCCCAAGGACCAAACGCAGCUCCUGUCUCUGCAGCACGACCACAGAAACAGGGAGAGAGAAAGGCAGAGGCAGAGAGACAAGCCUGUGGCAGCUGUCCAGAGGCUCACAGCUAAUAGUGGGAAAACAGCUGCCGCUGCCACUGCUGCUGCUUCCUCGGCCAGCCACCAAGCAAACAGCCAGCGCUCAGCGAUGGACCUCCAGGAGUCAAACCUAGCCAAGCUGCUGUUGGCUGCUGCUCUUCCCAACCAGGUGCACUUGAGGCUGGGCUCUGGGAGCAGCUCUAGUCCUUGUACACCAGCCAUGCAGAGAGCUCAUUUUAACCAGAAUGCCAAUCUGCUCUCUACUCGAGAUGCCCCUCACAGCAGCUCUAUGUCAGAUAUGGCCAUUUCUCCAUUGUCCCCAUUUACCCCAUUGUCCCCAUUUGAUGAUGUCUUCUGGGACCCAGUCGAGGCGCCACCAAAAGUCCCAGAACGCACUACCUCUAAGUUUUACUGUAGAGAGCUGGUGUUGAGUCACAAGAGGGCUGCUUCAAGUGGCAGUCCUGUGUCUGUAGCAGAUAAAAGUGUCCGGCCUGGGUCUCAUGGUGUCCCCCCUACAAGUAGCCUCCAACAAGGUUUCUUCAAGAUGGAGAGUCCUCUUCGGCAGCAUUACAGGAGGGAAGUUGUAACUGGUGGAAAUUCACAAGGUUUAAAGUCGGCUCACGGUCGUCUUAAUAAAGCCACAGAAUACUCAUCAUCAAGUGACGAGAUCGGCAGCAGUGACGAAGAAGACAGGAGCAGGUCUGGCCUGUCCAAUGGAAAAGGGAAGUACUUCAGAGGAAUACCUGACGGCAUUGUCCUGCAGCCUCACCACAAUCUCAACCAGUUUUCUCAAAAGGGCUCAGACGAUACCUACCUGCUACCAGACCUUCUGCAGAAAACUUCUUUCUCCAGUCUUACCAAUAAAGCACUGGGCCAACAGCAACUCCACUACUCCCAGUUGCCCACAGCCCCUCGAUCCCCCGUGCAUGAGGAGCUAUGCGCUAUUGGGAGUCCCUCUAAUAAAAACACCUCCACAUCGUCGUCUUCUUCUUUCUUGUCUUUCAUCGAUCCAAGAUUAAUUCCCAUAUCAUCACCACCGCAAAGCCCCACAGGCAGCAAGGGCGAGCCGUUCAAGAGAGAGAACCACAGGAAGGGCUCAGUGGUGAAUGUCAACCCGACCAACAUUCGACCACAGAGCGACACGCCAGAGAUUCGCAAGUACAAGAAGAAAUUUAAUGCUGAGGUCCUCUGUGCUGGACUGUGGGGUGUGAAUCUGCUGGUGGGGACAGAGAAUGGUCUGUGGCUGCUGGACCGAAGUGGUCAGGGGAAGGUCUACUCCCUCAUCAGCAGACGAAGAUUUCAGCAGAUGGAUGUUCUGGAAGGACUCAAUGUUCUCAUCACCAUAUCAGGUAAAAAGAACAAGCUCCGUCUGUACUACCUGUCCUGGUUAAGGAAUAAAAUUCUCCAUAAUGACCCUGAGGUGGAGAAGAGACAGGGUUGGACAUCAGUAGGUGACCUAGAGGGCUGUGUUCAUUAUAAAGUGGUGCGUUAUGAGAAGAUAAAGUUCUUGGUCAUCGCUUUGAAAAAUGCCGUGGAGGUGUAUGCAUGGGCGCCAAAACCCUACCACAAAUUCAUGGCCUUCAAGUCUUUCAGGUCACUGCCUCAAAAACCUCUGUCCGUUGACCUGACAGUGGAGGAAGGCCAAAGGUUAAAGGUCAUCUAUGGCUCAUUGUCUGGGUUCCAUGCGAUCGAUGUGGACUCUGGAACACCAUAUGAUCUUUACCUGCCAACGCAUAUCCAGGGUUCGAUCCGCCCCCAUGCCAUCAUCAUUUUACCAAAUAGUGCAGGAACAGAGGUUCUGGUUUGCUAUGAAGAUGAGGGUGUUUACAUCGACACUUACGGACGCAUCACCAAGGACACGGUGUUGCAGUGGGGGGAGAUGCCAGCAUCGGUCGCCUACCUUCAGUCCAACCAGGUGAUGGGAUGGGGAGAGAAGGCCAUUGAACUGAGGUCUGCCAACACAGGGAAUCUUGAGGGAGUUUUCAUGCACAAAAAGGCCCAGAAGCUCAAGUUUUUGUGUGAAAGGAAUGAUAAGGUGUUCUUUGCCUCAGUGCAGUCAGGAGGCAGCAGCCAGAUUUACUUCAUGACUCUGGGACAGAACUCGUUAUUCAACUGGUAGUGGCUGGACGUGGACUCUGGGAUCAUCUGGUGGUGGCUGGGUUCAUCUUUUUACAUCCAGCGAUGUCUUUUUAUAAUAGUGCUUCCUGGAGUCUCUAUGGGCACUAGAUAUGGAUAUGGGCAUCAACUAAACACAUUUGCUCCAAUUUGUUAUGCAUGGUUUUCCAUGCUUGGUUGGAUGGUUUUUCACCUGCUAACAAACGGAUCACUGGAGCCCGCCAACUCUUACGUGACUGUUUACCAUCCGGCCCCAAGGUUUCUUCCCUUCCUACCAUUGGAGACCAUAGCAAUCCAUUCAGAUCGUUCCAUUUUAGGCUCUUCCCAUCUGGAUCAGCAGCUACAGCAUGUAUGAAGGAGAGAAAACUUGUCAUUCCACAUUUUACUUGUACUGUUCAUUUCACACCAUCAGUUCACACCAGAGUUCUUGUAAUACCUCAAAAAGGCUUCCCUGUAUGGAGGAUGUUUAGUUUCAUUAAUGCGGCUACAGUAAUAGACUGUCAUAUUAUGCACUCAUCAUAUUUGAUAUUAUUUAUCAUGUUAUGUUGUUUUCUUGUUGGAGGUCGUACCCUGUCAUCAAGCAUUCAAUCAGUUCUGUCAUUAGCUGCAGUCACCCUGUCUGUGUGCUCUUUGUGUGGUCAUAGGUCAGCGUACAACCAAUCUUCCUGAGUCAGUUAAAAAUUACAUUGUGCAUUUUUUAAGGCUCCAGCUUGAGGGUUUGCUUUAUCCCGCAUCUGAACCACACUUAGGAUAUACAGGAUAAAUAUUUACAUCAGUAGAGGUUUCUAAUCCUACAUUAACAUUGAGGCUUUUUGUAGCUUUGCUCAGUUUUGUACAGUCUGGGAUGUAAAUAAUCUUGUAACUGUUUUCUAAAUCAUUUUUAUCAAUGUGUACAGAAUUGUAGGCUAAUGAAUGUGAAAUCCAUCCCAAAACAGAGUUUGUACAUGAUGAUGUCCAUGAUAUUUGAAUGUGAGUAAGAAUAUGAGAUACUGACAGUGAACUUGAAUGCUCACCUCGAGGUUUUAACCUAGUUGACGUGUUAAAUAUUACUUGAUGUAUCACGCAGAGUGUGUUUGGUGGUAGAUCUUCUCUAGCAUAUAUAAGUCAGGCUCUUUGCACAACAGCCACCUUAUUCAUGUGUCCUUUAAAAUAAUGGAACAUGUGAAGCCAUUCCGUAGUUAGUGUACCCCACGUGGCACACACACUUUUCAUAGGUCAGAUAGCCACAUGUUUUCUUGGACCUGUGUCUGAAGAGACUAAAUUCUGCCACGUGUA